AUGGGGAUCCAGGGCCUGCUGCAGUUCAUCAAGGAGGCUGCUGAGCCUGCCCACGUGAAGAAAUACAAAGGGCUGACGGUGGCGGUGGACACCUACUGCUGGCUGCACAAAGGCGCUUAUGCCUGCGCCGAGAAGCUGGCGCGGGGAGAGCCGACCGAUCAUUAUGUAGCCUUCUGUAUGAAACUUGUUGAUAUGCUCCUCUCAUUUGGAAUUAAACCAAUUUUGGUAUUUGAUGGAUGCACUCUGCCUUCUAAGAAGGAAGUGGAAAAGGCCCGACGAGAGAAGCGUCAAGCCAAUCUUCUGAAGGGGAAACAACUAUUGCAGGAAGGGAAGCUGUCUGAAGCUAGAGAAUGCUUUGGGCGCAGUGUAAAUGUUACCCACAUUAUGGCUCAUGAAGUUAUUAAAGCUGCACGAGCCCGGGGAGUUGAUUGUAUUGUUGCUCCUUAUGAAGCUGAUGCUCAGUUGGCUUUUCUUAGUAAGACUGGCAUGGUUCAAGCUAUAAUUACAGAAGACUCUGAUCUUUUAGCUUUUGGAUGUAAAAAGGUGUUUCUGAAAAUUGACAAGUUUGGUAAUGGACUAGAGAUAGAUCAAGCUCGACUCGGAAACUGCAAGCAGCUUGGAAAUGUAUUUACAGAAGAGAAAUUCCGCUACAUGUGUAUUCUUUCUGGUUGUGACUACCUCUCCUCAAUCCAUGGAAUUGGGUUAGCUAAGGCAUGCAAGUUACUGAAAUUAGCUAACAAUCCAGAUAUUAUAAAGGUUAUUAAGAAAAUGGGGCAGUAUUUGAAAAUGAAUAUAACAGUGCCAGAAGAAUACAUAGAAGGUUUUACACGAGCUAACAAUACAUUCCUUUAUCAGUUAGUUUUUGAUCCUGUCAACAGAAAACUAGUUCCUCUGAAUGCAUAUGGGGAUGAUAUUGAUCCAGAAACACUAACUUAUGCAGGACGACAUUUUGGUGAUGGUACUGCUUUUCAAAUUGCCAUUGGUAACAUUGAUAUCGAUACAAUGGAACAAAUUGAUAAUUAUAACCCUGACACUGCACAGCCUGUACAGAAAAGAAGUUGUGGCUGGAAUGACAGACAUACUAACCAUGUAAACAGCAUUUGGAGCAAAGAAUACAAGUUUGGCACUAAUGAAGAUAUUGCUCCUCCUAAAAUGCAUUUACUAGAGAAACCAACAACCAAAGGCAUGGAGAAGAUAAUUAGUCUUAAAGGGCUAAAACUUUCUGGGAAAGAGCUCUUGGCAAAAAGGCCGAGGAGUGAAGAAAUCUCAGAUGGAGAUCUCUUGAAGGAAUACUCAUUUUCAAAAACAAAAAGAAUCAAGGAGAAUGAUCAUGAUGGUCAAGCACAAAAGAGUGUCUCAGCAAUACACAGCCUUGACUCUGCAGGGAAUUCCAUCGAUCAAGAGAGCUCUAGCUCCCUGCCCAGAGUUAGAAAUAAAUUUGCUUCCUUUUUACAAAAGAAAAACAAAGAGAAGGAUGCUGUAAUUGUUCCAGGAAUAAGAAGCAGGUUUUUCUGCAAUGAUGCAGUUACAUUUGAUGGUAGAGCAGAUGAGGAUGAUGGUAAUCUAACUCAAGAUGCUGAGCAGGAUUGCCACAAACAGCAAGUAACACAUGUAGAAGAUGUUUCUCAGUUUUCAGGAACUGAAAAAUCAACAAGGACUAUCAUUACACCUCCUGGAGAAAUGCACAAAAGUUGUUUCCAGUGGUUUGUAAAUAAUUCAGGAAAUCCUAGUCCCUCUCAUACUGUAUUUUCACAGCAGUUUCACCAACAGAGAAACAACUGCAUUGUAUCCAAGGAAGAUCAAAUUAUUGGGGUACAAGCAGAGGAUGAGGCAGCGUGUGAUGAAUCAGACGAAGAGUCCUCUCCCUUAAUACAACUAGAAGACUCAUCACAGUCUCAAGCAUCCUGUGAGCCAUCAAAAUACAAUUUGGUGUCUUCAGAAGUACUGCAAGUGUCCAAUAACAGUUCAGAUGCAAAGGAAUCUGACUCCAAUUCAAAACUGGCUGAUGAUCAAUGUACUUCGUCUCGAGUAUUUUCUGCUCUUCAAACUUACAAAAAAAAUACCAUCAUAAAGACCAAGGUUCCUGGUUUACAGAGAUCCAGUUGUAUAAGGUCACGAAUUGUAACAAAGCUCAAGCCAUUGAUACCAGCUAAAGCAAGUGGGUUAAGCAGGAAACUGUCACCUGUGCAGAAGAGAAAUGACUCUGAUGCUGAAAAUAAGCUGGGACUGCAAGCCACCAUUAGUGAUCUUCGGAGAAGCUUCCAGUUUAAAAGAGAGUACGAAAAACUUCCUUCUUGUAAAAAGUCAGAUCCUUUGUCUCCAAUCAAAGAUAAUAUACAGCUCACUCCAGAAACCGAAGAAGAAAUCUUUAAUCAUCCCCAACACAGUCAUGUCCAGAGAGCUAUAUUCCAGUGA